GGAGAGGAGGAGCCUCGGGCACCGGGCGGGUGGAGUCGCCAGUCGGAGGGCGGUGGAGGCGGAUUUCCUGGGAGGGCUCUCUGGAGCUACCAUGGCGUUUGGGAAGAGUCACCGCGAUCCCUACGCUACCUCCGUGGGUCACCUCGUAGAAAAGGCUACAUUUGCUGGAGUUCAGACUGAAGACUGGGGCCAGUUCAUGCACAUCUGUGACAUAAUUAACACCACGCAGGAUGGGCCAAAAGAUGCAGUAAAAGCUUUGAAGAAAAGGAUUUCCAAAAACUACAACCACAAAGAAAUACAACUUUCCUUGUCACUGAUUGACAUGUGUAUGCAGAACUGUGGUCCAAGUUUCCAGUCUCUGAUUGUGAAGAAGGAGUUCAUUAAAGAUACUCUAGUUAAGCUGCUGAAUCCCAGAUACACCUUGCCGCUGGACAUUCAGAACAGAAUCUUGAAUUUUAUUAAGACUUGGUCACAGGGCUUCCCAGGAGGUGUGGAUGUAAGUGAAGUGAAAGAAGUGUACCUUGACCUGUUGAAGAAAGGGGUUCAAUUCCCACCUUCGGCUGCAGAGGCUGAGACAAGGCAGGAGGCUGCCCAGCUCUCACCAAAACGACCAACACCUGUCCCUACUGCACCUGCUCUUUCUUCUAUAAUUGCUCCCAAGAACCCGACUAUUUCAUUAGUCCCAGAACAGAUCGGGAAACUGCAUAGUGAACUGGACAUGGUGAAAAUGAAUGUGAAAGUGAUGACUGCCAUAUUGAUGGAGAACAUUCCUGGGUCUGAAAACCACGAAGACAUAGAGCUCCUGCAGAAACUUUACAAGACGGGUCGGGAGAUGCAGGAGAGGAUCAUGGACCUGCUGGUCGUAGUGGAAAAUGAAGAUGUAACUGUUGAGCUAAUUCAAGUGAAUGAGGAUCUGAAUAAUGCCAUCCUUGGAUAUGAGAGGUUUACUCGAAACCAACAAAGGCUUUUGGAACAGAACAGGAACCCGAAGGAAGCCACCAAUACUUCCAAUGAGCCCUCUGCUCCUUCCUGUGAUCUUCUCGACCUUAGUCCCAUCCUGCCAACACCUAUGUCCAAUGGGGAUGUACUCAACUCUGUGAAUGCUCAGCUUUCAGGCUUAAGUGUCAGCUCUCCGAGUCCUGUUAUAACAAACAACUUGUAUCCCAGGCUUCAUCCACAGGUGGAUUUGCUAGCAUCAGAAAAUACAGAAACACCCACCCUGUUUGCCCAAAGGACCAGCCAAAACCUCGCCUCAAGUCACACGUAUGAUAAUUUUCUGGAACACUCCAAUUCAGUGUUACUACAGCCACAGACUGCCACAGCAGCACCAUCGAGCCAGAGGCUGCCACUCUUGCCCAGUAAUCAUCCAGUGAUAACAAACAAUGAUCUCCAGCACCCAAUUACUACGAGGUAAUGGAGUUUGAUCCCUUAGCUCCUGCUACAGAAGCUGUUUAUGAAGAAAUUGAUGCUUAUCACCACAAAGGAGCUCAAAAUCAUAGUGACUGCUAAGGUAAAAAAAACAAAAACAAACAAAACAAAACACCAGUUUAUGCAACUUACAUUCCAUAUAAUUAAGUGGAAUUAUCACAUUUUGCAUUAAAUUCUAUAAGCACCAUUUAAGUCUGACACUUAUUUUGAUACAAUACCAAGUUCCUCUGAAUUAUUCAACACUGACCAGUGUUCAUUAAUGACAUAUAAUCUCCAUGAUCAUAUCAGCUACAAAUGAGACACAGAUAUAUAAAAGUUGGUUUUGGGUAUAUAAGUAUUAGUACUAACAAAACAGAUGAUCAAUAAAAUUUCUUGUCAUUUUAAUACAACUCUUAUGGCUUCAGUGUGCAGUCCAUACCUGUUAGUUGUAUGAACAGAACCCAUUAGUGCUCCUGCACCAGGUAUCCUGUUUAUACACUACCGAAUGCCUGGUCUCCAUUGACCUGUUCACUUUUUAUCCCCUUCACAACUCCAACCAUGGAAGAAGUGCAUUUCAACCUUUCCUCUGCUUAAUUGUGUGGCUUUCAAGUCUUUCAGGGAGUGCAGGAAAUGGGCCAAUGUCUUCCCUUUAUUCCAGAUGCCUGAUCAGCUCAUUAGCAGCACAAAGAGCCAACUCUCUAAAGUAGUCCUCUCUCAACUAAGGCAUGAAAGACCUGCCAACAGGGAAAGCCACAGUGGACCACUUCUCUGCUGUGAUGAAGCUUCAACAGAAUAGUUAACAUUUUCCAUCUAACACUGCUGUUCCUGACAGUGGCUCAGCAUUUCAGGAGAAACUGGCUAUAACCAUUACACCUUCAGCAGAAGGAAAACGGCCUGGUACUAGGCCAACUGGUUAAAUUAUAGACUCUUACGCUGCGGAGGCAUUCCUGCCAAUAGAAAUCAUCACAGACCUACAAGGGUACUUGAAGAUUGUCCUACUACGAAACAUUGUGAACAGAUGGGACAGGAAGUAAGGAAGAAAAUGAGUGCCUUCAUUUAACUGAAUUUGAAUGUAGAAGUCAGUUUGCACUUGUUUAUAAAUGACACUUUGGUUUAAACUUGAUGACUCGUUUAAUUAUAUUUCAAGUGCCUGAGCAGGCCACUGCAUCAGGUGGCCUUUAUAAAGAUAAACAUUCUUGACUUUUACUAUAAUUUACAUUUUGAUUUGAAAUAAAUACUACUGGAAAACAAAA